CGGCAUCAUGCAGACCACGGAUCUGGGCAGCAGAGAGACUGGCAAGGUCUGGCACAGGAAGCCCACGCCGACUUCCAGUGACGGGAUUAUAGUGAAUCUGAUGCACGGAGCCGCAGCUUCAAACACCCAGACAAAGCGCUUUCUGCAAGUAGCCUUCGAUGGUGCGGGCGAUUCCUUCCUCGCCGGGGAUCACUUAGGAAACAUCUAUCUGUUCAACCUAAACAGAAACAGGUUUGAUCUAGUCCAGAGAACGAUGCAGGCGUGCACAGCAUUGGCAUUCAACUUGCACAGGAAGUCUGAGUUUCUCGUGGCUCUUGCUGACUAUUCUGUGAAGUGCUUUGACAAAGAUAGCAAAGAACUGGUGAGCUGGAUGCGUGGACACGAGUCCACAGUCACAUCGAUCUCUGUACACGGUUCUGGCCGUUAUGCGGUCACCACUUCCAGUGACACUGCUCAGCUCUGGGACCUGGAUACUUUCCAGAGGAAGAGAAAACUGAAUGUUCGCCAGUCUGUCGGGAUACAGAAGGUAUUUUUUCUUCCACUAAGUAAUACAAUCCUGAGCUGUUUUAAGGACAAUUCCAUCUUUGCCUGGGAAAGCGAUACUCUUGCCUGCAAAUACCAGCUGCCAUCUCCCGAGGAUGAGUCCAUGGUGCGAUAUAAGGCUUUUGCUGUUACAAGGGACGGGAGGAUGUUGGCAGCUGGAGGAAAAUCCAACAACGUACAUCUGUGGUGCCUGACCUCCAAGCAACUAUUCAGAGUCCUGCAGAUGCCCAGCAUGGUGCGGAGCGUGCGCCAGCUCGAGUUCCUCCCUGACAGCUUCGACGGUGGAUCCAGUCAGGUUUUAGGUGUGCUGAGUCAAGAUGGGAUAAUGAGGUUCAUAAAUAUCCAAACAUGCAAACUUGUGUUUGACAUUGGAAGCCAUGAUGACGGCAUAGUGACAUCCUGUAUUAGCCCAAACGGACGAUACAUUGCCGGCGUCAUGGAGAAUGGCAGUGCGAACUUGUACAGCGUUCAGGCUUUGACCAAGGAAUUCAAUAAGCCUCCGCCGCCACUUGUAAAAGCGGUUGAUUUAAGUAAAGACAAGGACUCCACGGUGGACAAGUCUAAAGCCAGUAGUGAGAGAAUUAAAGUGUCAGCUAGCCGGAUAUGUCGCCCUUGGAAGUCAAAGGAAGAAAUAGUGAAGACACGAAUUCUGCGGCCAGACGGGGAUGAGAAUGACAGCAAUAAAGAGAAUGUGUUGCCAACUGGACUGAACAAGCAGCGGCUUCUAACGUUAUUGAAGGGCUUUGGAGAAUAUCCAACGAAAUACAGGAUGUUUAUCUGGCGAUCACUUCUCCAGCUGCCGGAGAACCAUGCAGCAUUCAGCAGCCUAACAGACAAGGGCACGCAUUCCCAGUACCUCCAUCUUCACCAGGAAUACCCCAUCAAGAGCAGGAAGCUCCUGAGAGUGCUGCAAAGGACACUUUCAGGCUUGGCUCACUGGUCUGCGAUAUUUGGAGAGACGAAAUACUUGCCUCUGCUGGCCUUUCCAUUUGUCAAGCUUUUCCAGAACAAUCAGCUCAUCUGUUUUGAAGUUGUGGCUACCGUCAUAACUAACUGGUGUCAGCAUUGGUUCGAAUACUUUCCCAAUCCACCAAUCAACAUCCUUGGCAUGGUUGAGAAUGUUUUGGCGCAUCACGACAAGGAAGUUCUUCAGCAUUUUGUAAAUUUUGGAGUUACAUCCCAGAUUUAUGCCUGGCCUCUCCUGGAAACGCUGUUCUCUGAGGUUCUAACUAGAGAAGAAUGGCUGAAGCUUUUUGAUAAUGUGUUUUCCAACCACCCCUCCUUCCUGCUGAUGGCGGUAGUGGCCUUUAUCCUGUGCUCGCGUUCUCCAUUACUGCACUGCAACCAGAAGGAAGACAUUGAGUAUUUUUUCCAUCACCGGAAUAACCUGGAUAUCAAUCUGAUGCUUAAAGAAUCAUACCAUCUCAUGGACGCCACCCCAGCAGAAAUCCACCCUCAGCGCCUUCUCAGUGAAUUUGUGCCCCUCACUAAGGGACAGUAUCCCAUAUUCAAUAAAUACCCCAAAUUCAUUGUGGAUUAUCAAAGUCAGGAGAGGGAGAGGCUUCGACAAGAGGAACUGGAAUACUUACGAGAGAAACAGAUAACCCAUGAAGUUGAAGCGGAGGCUUUACGACGUAGAGCUGAAGAUGAAGCCUGGUAUCAACAACAAGAACUCCUCCAAGGGGCAGAGCAACAGAGACGCCAACUACUAAUGGAUGAGGAGAAAAGGCUGUUGUACCAGAGGCAGAGGCUGACAACUGUCAAACGUGAGGUCAAAUUAAAGGAGCUUCAGCUUCUGGAUGCUGCACGUAGGCGCUUCAUGAGACACCAGCAGGAUCAGCGCAAGAUGGAGCUCAAACGUCUAGAUGAUGAGAUCGAAAGAAAGAUGUGCACACGAGAACGAGAAACUGCCGGUGUCAUGCAAGAUGUAGAGAUCAAACAGAUGGAACUGGAGGCCCAGAGACGUUUCUAUGAACAGCAACUAGCUAAAGAACAUGAAAGAGAGAGACAGGAAGUUAAAGGAGAACUUGACGCCAACCGAAGGAAGGCCGACCUAGAAGAACAGAUGUUCUGGAGGCUAAUGGAAGCUGAGGCUGACUUAAAGGACCCGAAGGUGCUGGAUGAGAGUUUGACCAAAGCCGAUCAGCUGUGCUCAGAGACGGAGUGGAAAAUUCAGGCUCUUCACAAACAGCAGCAGGACGACCUACAGCGAAGCAAACAUUAUGAAGAAAUGUUACAACUGACAGAGGGCAUUAAAGAUCAGGAGAAGCGGCUACAUGAUGUCGUUAAAGAGCUGGAAACUCAGAAGUGGGCAGAGGCAUCUAACAGACUUGGGCAACUGGAGACAGAACAGCUCGCACAAUCUACACACGAUGCUGAGAGGAGGAAGUUCUUGUGCACAGGGAAAGUACAGGAGAUGUUAGCAGAGGACAUCUUACUACAGACCGACGAGGACUAUUUUGAAAGGGUCCUGAAUCGUGGUGUGCCUUUGAGGAAUUCUUUACAUGAAGAUGGUGAAGGAAAGCAGGAAGAUGGUCAGAAGAAGCCAGAAAAUGUUUGCUUAAAUGACUUAUCUUCCUCUGACUCCUCCGCCCAUUUUUCUCUGGAUCGAGGUCGGAGAGAUUUGGAGAGUAAAGAGCGCGCUCUAAUGUCAGAAGUACGGGUGCUCAGACAGAAGUUGGCUUCCCAGGCUCGCAAAAAGUACCCAAACUCGCUUCACCCAGACACACUAUGGACUUGAUACCGGUCUUGUUACAAAGAUGUUUUCAUGUGAUUUUGUAUUUAUUUUAUUUUUUCAUAGAUUGGCUGUGUUUUGUACAGUUUGUUUUAUGGUGUCCAAAGUUAUUAAAAGCAGUCUU